UAUAAAAAGGAGACGCGCCCAUCAACGCUUCCGACUCCAUUCAAGCCACGAUGAGCUACGGAUCUGACGUCUACUCUUCUUCUUCCUACCGAAGAAUCUUCGGGGAAUCUCCCCGCUAUGCGUCCUCUCCAUCUCGGACGGCCAUGAGCGUGUCCUCGCGGGGUGGCUACCGAGCCACCUCCGCUUCCAGGACCAACAUUUCACCCGCGGGCGGGUACACCCGAAAGUCCGGACGCGCCUACUCGUCCAUGCCUCUGGAAACCUUCGACCUGGCACAGAGUAGCGUUCUCAACAAUGAGUUCAAAAUUGUCCGCACAAAUGAAAAGGAGCAAAUGCAAGGUCUCAAUGACCGAUUUGCGAUGUUCAUCGAGAAAGUGCGCAACUUGGAGCAGCAUAACAAAGUGUUGGAGACAGAGCUGGUAGCCCUGCGUCAGAGGCAGGCGGAGCCGUCCCGUCUUGCCGAGCUGUACCAGCAGGAGAUCCGCGAACUGCGCUCCCAGCUGGACGAGCUCAAUGGGGAGAAAUCCCAGCUUCUCAUAGAGAGAGAUAGUAUUGAUGAUGACCUCCAGAAGCUCAGGGUAAAAUAUGAAGAAGAGUUCCGUGCUCGAGAAGAGGCGGAGGCUACUCUCAAGGCUUUCAAAAAAGAUGUGGAAGAUGCCACCAUGGUGCGCCUGGACCUGGAAAAGAAGGUUGAAUCCCUCCUCGAUGAAAUCAACUUCCUGAGGAAGGUUCAUGAUGAAGAGGUGGCCGAGCUCACCGACAUGAUCCAGGCAGCUCAAGUGUCUGUAGAGAUGGAGGUCGCAAAGCCGGACCUGACCUCCGCCCUCAAGGAGAUCCGAAGCCAGUACGAGUCGAUGGCAUCCAAGAACCUGCAAUCUGCCGAAGAGUGGUACAAGACCAAGUUUGCCGACCUUUCGGAGCAGGCUACUCGAAGCAAUGAUGCCAUCCGUGCCAGCCGAGAGGAAAUGAGCGAGUUUAGGAGGCAGUUGCAGUCCAAGACUAUCGAGAUUGAGAGCCUGAGAGGCACUAAUGAGUCCCUGGAAAAGCAGCUCAGGGAGAUGGAGGACAGGCACGCCGUGGAGAUCGGAAACUAUCAGGACGGCAUAGCAGAGUUGGAAAAUGAGCUGAGGGCUACUAAAAGUGAGAUGGCUCGUCACUUGAGGGAGUAUCAAGAUCUGCUGAAUGUCAAGAUGGCUCUUGAUAUUGAGAUAGCGGCGUAUCGAAAGCUGCUGGAGGGUGAGGAGACCCGCAUAGGGUCAGGGAUAACCUACCCGAGCCCAUCUAUAACUUCAGGCGGUGGCCAGAGCUACAACUACCAGUCCCGCAUCUACACCAGCUCUGGCAAGAGCUCCAAGAGGGAAGGCAAGGAUGAGAGCCAGCCACCGAGCAAGGCUGGGAGCAAGGCCACUCAUGAGGUUUAUGAGGAGACAGUGGUGACCACUAAAAAAGUAGAGAAGCAGCAAGAUGCCAGUGAUUCUUCUACUAAUCAGAAAAACUAG